AUGUGCUACGCCGACCGCAACGCCACCGAGUGUCUGGACUGCCUAGCCGCGGCGCCGGAGAGGACGGUGACGCUGUGCCGGGGCAGCCGGAACGCGAGCGCCAACUACGACGCGUGCCUGCUCCACUACUCGGACACCCGCUUCUUCGCUUCAACCGACUUCACCUACGGGGCCGACGACGCCGACGAAAUGAUAAUGUCGUCGUCUCCCAACACCACGGACGUGGAAGCCAUGAGCCCCGUGAGGUCGCAGCUGAUGGAGGAGCUCAUGGAGAAGGCCGGCGACAGGCCAGAGCGGUUCUACAACUACAGCCUGCCAUACAGGGACGCGGUGCUGGGCACGGACGUGAUCAGUGGGCUGGCGCAGUGCACGCGGGACCUGGCGCCCAGCGAGUGCAACCGGUGCAUCUCCGGCUACUACUACCCUUUUGUGCCGACCUUUUUCUCGAACAGGACCGCAGGGAGCAUCAAGGGAUACAGCUGCUACCUGAGGUACCAGCUCGGCGCGAUCGACAUCACCCCGCCGCCGGCGCAGGCAACGCUGGCCCUGCCGCCCCCGCCUGUGCCUGCGUCCACGUCGUCUCCAACGCCAGGAAGGCUUACGAUCGAGCUGUACGUCGGUUCGGCGUCCUUCAUCGUGAUCUUCUUCGUGAUCUGGCUCCUUGUGCGGCGAUGGAAAACCCAGGCUAAAAUCCAUGUCGAUGAUAUGCUCUCGGAUGACGAGCUGGCCCUGGAAGACGACUUCGAGAAAGGGACCGGGCCAAAGCGGUUUCGAUACAAGGAGCUGUCCCUUGCAACCGAUAACUUCUCCGACGACAGGAAGCUCGGGGAAGGUGGCUUCGGAUCCGUGUAUAGAGGAUUCCUCGGGGAAUCAAAACUUGAGGUUGCUAUCAAGAGAGUGUCCAAGGGCUCAAAGCAGGGGAAGAAGGAGUACGUCUCUGAGGUGAGUAUCAUAAGCCGGCUUCGGCACCGGAACCUCGUGCAGCUCAUUGGAUGGUGUCAUGGCGGCGGAGAGCUGCUCCUCGUCUAUGAGCUGAUGCCCAACGGAAGUCUUGACACUCAUCUAUACCAUUCUGAAAACAUACUGCCGUGGAAAGUGAGGUAUGAGGUUAUUCUCGGACUAGGCUCGGCCCUCGUCUACCUGCAUCAGGAAUGGGAGCAAUGUGUUCUGCAUCGGGACAUCAAACCGAGCAAUAUAAUGCUAGAUGCACCAUUCAACACCAAGCUUGGCGACUUUGGCUUGGCAAGACUCGUCAACCACGGACAAGGACCGUACACUACAGGUCUUGCCGGAACUAUGGGCUACAUGGACCCCGAGUGUGUGGUCACCGGGAGGACAAGUGUGGAAUCCGAUGUCUACAGCUUUGGUGUCGUCCUCCUAGAGAUCGCCUGUGGCAGGCGGCCCGCGGUGUCUCGGGAAGAAGCCGGGGACGCAAUCCAUCUUGUGCAGUGGGUUUGGGAUUCAUGGGAAGGUGGAAGGACCCUAGAAGUCGCCGAUGUGCGUCUCAAUAAACAGUUCGAUGACCGUGAGAUGGAGUGUGUCAUCACCGUCGGCCUCUGGUGCGCACAUCCUGACCGUAACAUGAGACCAUCCAUUAAGCAGGCGGUGAGCAUGCUGCAGUUCGAGUCCCCACUGCCAAGUCUUCCCCUAAAGAUGGAGAUUAAUGCAACCUUCAAGCCGUCAUUCCACACGCUUGUUUAUGCUUCCCAACUGACGGGAGGCAGAUGA